CUCACGUGAUCUGUAUUAAAAUGGCUGUUUGCUGGUCGGGGCUAUGGCAUUUAUAAAUCAACCAAAUGGAAGAGCCCAUCACCAAACUGUAUCAGUAGGUAAUUCACUGUACGUGUGGGCUGGUUAUCAAGAUGGUUUACCUGGAGCUCAUGACAGCAUAGAGAAGAGAAGAUUCACCAGUAGCAUACAGCAAAUUACUCCUUCAACUGGUCAAUGGGUCACUAGAAGUACUACUGGGACUCCUCCAUUAGGAGUCCUUGGAUACUGCUGUGUUGCAGUAAAUGAACUAUUGUACUAUUUUUUGGGAUAUUGUGGUCAUGGUGACUGCUUUUACAACAGUAUUACACAACUGGAUACUGUUAGUCUUCAAUGGAGAGAAUUAGAGCCAACUGAUGCAACUAGACCAGUUAUGAGGAGAGCUUACGGUGGAAUGCUAUCAUUUGAACAUUAUGGAGUACAUCAUUUACUAAUGAUAGGAGGUCUGGGAUCAGAACCAGCUGUGCAGCUACCUCAUUAUAAGUACAUCAAGUUACGCAGUGGAAGAUGGCAUACUGAUGAGCACUCAAUAUAUAAUAUAUCAUCAAGAAAAUGGAGUAAUCCCUCAAUCAUUGGUCAGUGUAUUCGACCUGCUUUUGGCUUUAUCAUUGAAAGAAUCAACAACACUAGAGCUGUUCUGUUUGGUGGAAUAGAGACUAAUGAUGAUGCCAAGAUUACUGCUACUAACAAUGUUUAUCUGUUAGAGAUAUCAAUCACCACUGUGUUCUGGCAGUGUAUAAAGAAACCCGAAGCAAUAUACCAAUGGCCUGUGGGUAGAUACCGUCAUGCAGGUGCUGUUGUCAUAACUGGACCGGACAGUCCUAUGCUAGUGAUAGCUGGUGGAAGGGACAUGAAUAAUGAUACAUUAGAUGAUUGUUGGAUCUUUAACAUCACUCAAAGUUUGUGGAUAAAGUUAGAUGCACCUCAAACUGUUUGUAAGAGAUGGGCUCAUUCUCUCUUAGUGUUCGUUAUGAGUCCUCAUCGUGUUUGGAUAGUGUCAGUUGGAGGACAAGUUGAUAAGACAUCAUUUGUCACUCACCCUAAUGUUGUGAUGCUAACUGAAGUACAUGUAGGUACUAACAGUGAAGGAGAGUGGAUAGUAGGGGAUACAUUAGAUACCGAUGGUAUGAAUAAUAAAUACAAGAAAAGGUAUGAGCAGCAACUACAGUUAACAUUAGGAGGAAGAAAAUCAUUGGAAGAGUACCAGAAACCAAGAAAAGGAGAUAUGCCAGUUGAUGUUGAGCAAACGGUACAAGCUCUUCUGAAGAGUCUUGAAGAGAAGGAGAGAGAAUUACAAGAAAAGGAGAGAGAGGCACAAUCUUAUUGUCAGCAAAUGGAGCAAAAGGAAAGAGAAAAAGCAGAGAAAGAGCAAGAAAUAAGGAGAUAUCAGCAUAAGCUACAAGAGAUAGAAGCAGAAAAUCAGGAGAAGGAUAGGGAGUUACGUCAGUCUCAAGAGGCAGUUCGUAGGUACCAGCAACAAGGACUUACUGAUGAUCACUGGGUUAUCAAUAGAGAUGAGGUGACUUUGACAAAGGAGGAGUUAGGAAGAGGGUCUUAUGCUGUCGUUACUGUUGGUAUCUUUAGAGGUUUAAGGGUAGCUGUCAAGUCACUUCAUACUAUCAUCAUCUCAGAUUAUAAUCAAGGUCUUUUCUCCAGGGAAAUGAGUAUAGCAUCACGAGUACGUCAUCCUAACCUGGUCCAGUUUAUUGGUGCAACUAAGGUGGGUAAUCCUCUCAUCUUAACGGAACUGAUGAGCACUAGUCUUAAUCAUGUGCUUCAGAAAAACCGAUUAACCAAUCAGCAGAUUCUUAGUAUUGCUCAAGAUGUAGCUUUAGGUCUCAACUACCUUCACCUGUUAAAGCCUCAGCCUAUCAUUCACAGAGAUGUCAGCAGUCCUAAUGUAUUGUUAAAACCUCGCACUGGACCUGCUGGUUAUGAAGCGAAAGUAGCAGAUUAUGGUACAGCUAAAUUGCAACAACAAGGCACUAGUACUGGUACUGUUAUGCCAGGCAAUCCAGCAUAUGCUGCACCAGAAGCUCGUGAUCCUGAUCAACACAGUCCAGCAAUGGAUGUCUACAGUUACUCUGUUCUCCUUAUGGAAGUGAAUUUAUGUUGUCCACCAGAAAUGACGGCAGUAGAGAGAGCAAGGCAAUCUGGUACUGUCUCUUGGUCUGAUAUGAAGUCUCUAAUACAAAGAGGACUAAAAGCUGAUCCUAUAGAUCGUCCAACUAUGACCCAAGUAAUAGAGUCAUUGAAAAGAAUUAAAAUUUGAUAUUUUGAUAUUCUAAUUUCUGCCUUUUAAUAGUUUUAAACUAUAAUUUUUUUGUAUCGAGUUAUUAUAGUUUUUGCUUCUUAGUUAGUUUUUUUCUUGUUUUGUUGGUGUGUGAACUGAGCCCUUAAAUGUACACGUAGAAGUCUUGCAGCACGUCCACUUUUUAAUCAGUUUUGUGUACUAAUUAGGUGACAUUGUGCCAUUAUUGUUACUUCCUUAUACAAGGAAUCAUUUACUCUACAAUCAUGAAUAAAAUUUACACAGGAAGUGACAUUGUGCUGACUCAACUCAACUGUGUAUGUCAUGGCUGACUCAGAUAGUGAUGGCACUCCAGCUGAUAUCUAUCAGGCAGCUUUGCCUUCAAUUUCUCCGUUAAUUGG